GAGAGACAGAGAGGGCGCCAUUGAUAUCCAAAGGCUUUCGAGGCUUCGAGUUCCACCAAGAAGCUAUGGCGCACGCGCUCUCUCUGGCCGUGACCGUCUCUGUACGGACGCAGGAAGGUUCUCCUUUUCCUUCUCCUUCUAAGUCACUGAAGCACGCCAAGAGAAGCCUCCGCCAGAACAAACCAGUCCCCACUUCUAGAAGAGGUCGAGACUCCGCAAUUCACAGACCCCAGAAGCUCAAUUUGGAGGUUUCUCCCCAUAGAGCUGUGUCUGCAGUGAGAUUGAUGAGAAUAGAGCUGGGUGGGGCAUUUGCUGACCUUCUGAAUGAGAGAGGGAAAGGCUCUGGUGAUAAUGAGAUGGGUUAUGUCGAGAGAACUCUUGGGUUUCGCACUCGGGACCUGGAUGAUCGCGAUCUUAGAUUGGUUACAGAUGUUGUUGGAGGCACUAUCCGUUGGAGAAGAUUUCUUGAUCAUUUAAUUUUGUCGCUGUGCAAUGACAAAAAUGGAUUUAGCAGGAUGGAACCUCUUCUUUUACAGAUUCUGCGGAUUGGCUUCUACGAGAUCAUCAAGCUAAACAUGCCAGCAUAUGCAGUUGUUGAUGAGAAUGUCAGGCUUGCUAAGGUGGCUCUCAGACCCGGUGCUGGCAACAUGGUCAAUGGUAUCCUUAGGAAGCUGGUUUUGCUUAAGGACAAUAAUUCACUUCCGAUACCCAAAGUGGAAGGUGAUGACCGCUUGCAAGCUCGUGCUCUUGCCACUCUUUAUUCUCAUCCUGUGUGGAUGGUAAGGCGAUGGACAAAGUAUCUUGGGCAAGAAGACACUAUAAGGUUGAUGGAGUGGAAUAAUAGCGAACCUAGCUUCAGUUUAAGGGCAAACAGUGGAAGAGGUGUCACCAGAGCUGACCUUGUGAAGCAACUCGAUCUUCUAGAGGUCCCAUACGAGCUUUCCUUGACCAUGGAUGAUUUUGUCCGGAUCAAAACUGGACUGCAGGUGGUCAUACAAGCUGGGAUGCUCAAGGAAGGUAAAUGUGCAGUCCAAGAUGAAAGUGCAGGAAUGGUCGUCUCUGUUUUGGAUCCUCAACCCGGGGAAAGCAUCAUUGACUGUUGUGCUGCUCCUGGAGGAAAGACUCUGUUCAUGGCGUCUCAAUUAUGUGGACAAGGUGUGGUUUCUGCAAUUGACAUAAACAAAGGAAGGUUGAGAAUCCUUCGGGAAACAGCCAAACUGCACAAAGUCAAUGAUGUCAUCGCCACUAUCCAUGCGGAUCUUCGUGAUUUUGCUGAAAGCAACCCACAUAAGUCUGACAAAGUUUUGCUGGAUACUCCAUGUUCUGGUCUUGGUGUUCUGUCAAAGAGGGCCGACCUGCGCUGGAACAAGACAUUAGAGGACUUAGAAGAGCUGAAGACUUUGCAGGAUGAGCUCCUUGAUGCAGCCUCAAGCCUGGUUAAGCCCGGUGGCGUAUUAGUGUACUGUACUUGCUCCAUUGAUCCUGAAGAGAAUGAGGAUAGAGUGGCGACAUUCCUCCUAAGGCACCCGGAAUUCCGCGUAGAUCCGGUCAACAAAUAUGUCCCAGAGAGUUUCAUAACUGAGAGGGGUUUCUACAACUCAAACCCCAUUAAGCAUUACCUGGACGGGGCCUUUGCUGCUCGUCUUGUUCGAGCUUUGUGAAAUCAGACACAAGCCCAACUGCCAUGCACAUAAUGGCUCCCUUAUACGUAAAGGUCGUGGGGAGAGCCAAAGAAAUUUUAGGUGGUUAUCUAGGACUGAACUGCCUGAUCAAAUGCUCAGGGGGUGCUUAAUUCCGAGGAACAUUCUUCGUGUCUGCACUCAGAAUGGCCCUCAGUUGCCGCCCCGAAAAAUCUGAUCAAAUGACCAGCAACUGAAGAAAUGGUUGGAAGGUUGGGAUUGUACAAGCUCUUUUCUUGGGUCAGUUCAAGGUUCUACUCCGAUCCUCAUUGCAAAUCAAUCAUGUUGGAGUAUUAAUAUUCAAAAAUCCUGAGAUCGCAGUUUGUGAGUGUGAAUGUAACUCUUAAGUGAACCUUUGUGUAGUCAAUCAAGUGAGGAAUAAAUUCAUUGGUGCAAAAAUUUCAUGUAAAUUGAAACAUGGAUCUCUCCUUAAUUUCAUUUCUUUCGUCGAAAACAACUGUUUGCAAAAUGGUUGCUGACAUUUCAUAAAACGUAGGAAUUGGAUUUUAUCCAUUGCUUCA